AUGGUGGUCAUAUCAUCAAUCACUGCUUUUGUGACUGGUUUUAACCAGUCACCAGUUAUUGCCAGUCACCAGUUAUCGUGGGUCGUCGAGGCAUAAUAAACUUUAAUGGAGAAGGAGUGAAAAAUUUUCAGUGCAUUUUUUUUUGCAGGAAAUUUUUUAAGGAGUUGUCGUCCCACCUCAGGUUAUUUCUUUGGUCCGUCCUUUAUCUGCUUCUUGUUGGUGGAGUGGCAAAGCCAAAUGCCGGUGUUAAUUGAAUUAUACAAAGCUGUUGCAGGAAAUGAGCCAUUCAGCAAAGUGGUUAUCUGUAGGAUAGUUUCUUCGGCAGUGAUAUUAAAAGGAUAUUCCAUUUUGGGGAGAGAGAGAGAGAGAUUGUAACCACAUAGUUAAUGUACCUUGUCAAUUUAUCUCGUCGGAGGCAUUGAUAUUGCCGUUUUGUGCGCUCUCAUGUGGACUUUACUACAUGAAUUUCGGUACACUAGAACUAAACUGAUACUGUCAAUAAUAAAUGUUUCAGGGCUCAUUGUACCCCAUACAGUGUAUUGCGAUAUUGAGUGCCUUAGUUGUUGGUUUUUACUCCCAGAGAGAAUGAUGGAGUCUCGUAAAGUGGUUAUACCUUCAGUAAUCUGUGGAUGAAAUCCUAUCGUGGGACCAUUCAAACGAAACGUCUUUCACAAGGUACUUUUGGUUUCAGCGUUGUACAAAAUGAAAUUUGGCACUUUUGUCAAAUUUUGACUCUGGCCCCUUCUGGGAGUGAAGGGGUAAAAAAUUGAAGUUUGGGAAGGUUUCUUAUACAACAAUUAACACCCGGUUGCUUUUUAAAACACCGCAAGUAAAAUUGAUACGACAAAAGUGUAAUUGGUGUAAUCUAAUUAAAAUAAAGUGUCAAAUACUACAAACAUUCACAUUCUUGACCUCCAACCCUUCCCAUACUCCUCUGAAGACAACAACAUCUUUAUUGAAGUUCCCGCUGAUAGACUUGUUCACAAAACUAAAAUUUACGCAUAAAUUCUUAUUUCGAUAAUCUAUAACUGAUUGUCAUAGGAGAGACAAAAACUUUUGUAAGUGAAAGGGUUAAACAUUGAAGUUUGGGAAGGUCCUUAUCCCGCUAUUAAUACCGAGUUGCUUUUUAAAACACCUCAAAUUUCAGUAAGUACGGACACAAGUGUAAGUGGUGUAAUCUAAUUAAAUAGCAAGAGUCAAAUACUACGAACAUUCACAUUCUUGCCCCACCUAGCCUCCCCCACUCCUCAGAAGACUACAACGUUUUUAUUGAAGUUCGUGCAGACAGAGUUGUAUUUAUAAAACUAGAACUGAUUGCUAUAGACAAAAAAGCACAUGCUCGUCAACAAUACAUAUAUUUGCACCUUUUUCAUCAGAAAGAAAAGUAAUUCCGUUUGAGUAUGUUUCUGGCCUGAAUUUCAACACAGAGAAACUUAAUCGCAUCCAUAGCCAUGUCAGAAUAUGUUAACGGAAGUCCUCUAGCGAGGUGCGAAGUAACACUUGCAUGCUGGAGUGGAGUUAAGCAAGCUCUCCAGGGCGCUAUGGUGACGGGACCGGAAAAGGAAGGAGAGCUGGCAACUACGUCUAUGAAAUUUGAAUUCCGCCUCCAAUUCCCCUGUCCGCUGAUCUGUCAUUUCCACCAGUCAGCGCGAAUAAAACAAACGUAGAAAAACACGUGAAAACACGUGCCAAAGGUAAUGAUGUCAUCUCCACCAAUCAGCAUUGCGCAUCAACUUGUUCAAUGCAGAUAUUCAAAUUCCAAGGGCAAGCUCUCCUACCUUUUUCGCCAGCUUGCUCGUUGGCUAAGACUACUUAAUCGAAAAACCCUUUCUGGAGCUGCAGUCUGAUGAGUCUGUGGUUAUUUUCUUUAGGAAUACUCCCUCUCUUGCUUGAGCCGAGGCCUUCCUGUUCAAUUACACACAGUGCUCAAGUCGAUCCUUACGUGAAGGAAUUGAUCGUGGAAUUUAAAACUGAUCCACAGAGUAGGAGAUAUGACAAUGUCAUAUCUCCUUCGCGCUUCGGAGACGGAUAUCAGGAUUUCCUACUACCUAAAGUUUUUAUUUGGUGCCCAAUGCACCAUUAUGGCUUGGAUAUUCUUUGCCCUCUGCAUAAGUUGCCACUUAAGGCUGGAUUCUUCACUGAUAAACUUCAAAGGAAUGGUCCAAGGAAUGCGCGCCUCGUCUAUGAUUUACGUGGAAAUGUAUUACUUAUCCAAAGACUAUAUAUCUGCCCACAAGAAGGAAUGAAGCACAAGUAUUUCUCUGCAAGUUUGUCAAUAAUUGAGAACAUACCAAAGUUAUACAGACUCUGUUGUUUCCCGUUCGUGAUGUUUCACAAAUCGUCUUGUACAAAGCAAUUAGUAGACUUUGUGGAAACUCAGAGCUUGCAAGGUGUAAAUUUCCUGGUGAUUUGUGAAGGAAUUGCUGAUCUAAAUUUCAAAGAGUUCAUUGAACGGAUGGCCUGUUUUUCGACAUACCAAGACUCCAACAGCCACAUAAAUAAAACGAAACUGGAUUAUGACAACUUUUACAGCCACUCGAUGUUCCCAGGGGACAAGAAGGCGAUGGGAUUAUUUCUUCGAAACUUUGUCCACAAGAAGAGUUAUUAUGACGCGGAAAUGGAAAAGACUGCCCGUAGUAGCAAAAUCAUAACAUGCGAUCACACUUUUAAAGUAAGUAAAUAA